AGGGUCUCCCCUCGAUCGACACCUCCAAGACGUUGAUCCGUGAAGUCUGCCCGGCUUUCUUGGCCGGCGUGGAGUGCCGUCCAGGCAAGUACCGUCGCGUCGAUGGUCUGUGUAAUAACCUGAAGCACCCCACGUGGGGAGCUGCCAUGACUCCGUUCCAACGUCUGAUCGGUCCGCUGUACGCUGACGGAAUCAACGCUCCCAGGAUCUCCGUUACUGGACACGACCUGCCGCUAUCCCGUGUCGUAUCGCGCACCAUUCACCCCGAUGAGGGUUACCACGAUCAUGCCGGAACCGUGUUCGUCAUCGCAUGGGGACAGUUCAUGGAUCACGAUUUCACCCUGACCGGAACCCCGCUGGACCCGAUCAACCGUAAUGAUCCAGAGGAGUGCUGCAAGCGCCCACCUCAUCUCAAGCAUCCGUAUUGUAACGAAAUCCGCAUCCCAGAUGAUGACUACUUCUACCGCCUGUUCAACGUCAAGUGUAUAGACUUCGUCCGAGGCUUCCCGUCUCCUCGCGCUGGAUGCCGCUUGGGAUCGCGUCAACAGUUCAACACCCUCACCUCAGUUAUCGACGGCAACACCAUCUACGGAGUCAACGAGAAGUUCACCCGCAAGCUGCGUACCGGCUACAACGGUCUGCUUCGCAUGAACCCCGUCUUCGCCGAAUACGGCCUCAAGGAUCUCCUGCCGCUGAAGUUGGACAUCCCAGAUGAAGGAUGCACCCGUCCCAACAAGAGCAUGUUCUGCUUCGAAGCCGGUGAAAUCCGUGUCAACGAACAGCUGGUCCUGACCUGCAUGCACACUCUGCUGGCUCGUGAACACAACCGUAUCGCUACCGAGCUCGGCCGCAUCAACCCGCACUGGGACGACGAAACUCUCUUCCAGGAAUCUCGCCGCAUCAACAUCGGUAUCAUCCAGCACAUCACCUACAACGAAUUCUUGCCAAUUCUGCUCGGCAAGGAAGUCAUGGAGAAGUUCGGUCUGCUCCCACUGAAGGAAGGAUACUGGGACGGAUACGACGAGAACAUCAACCCGGCCAUCAUCGAUGCCUUCUCCGCCGCCGCCUUCCGCUUUGGCCACUCGCUGCUGCCGACGGCCAUCGAACGUUGGUCCAAGGCUCACAAGUUCAUCGCCUCCAAGCGCUUGUCGGACCUGAUCCGUCGUCCGUACGAUCUAUACCGCGCCGGAGUGUACGACGAAUACCUGAUGGGUCUGAUGAACCAGGUCGCCCAGGCUAUGGACGACUCGAUCACCCAGGAAGUCACCAAUCAUCUCUUCAAGAAAGAGGGCGCCCGUUUCGGUAUGGACCUGGUGUCGUUCAACAUGCAGCGAGGCCGCGAGUUCGGCGUCCCCGGAUACAUGGAGUUCAGAAAGUUCUGCGGACUGCCGACAGCCGAUACCUUCCAGGAACUGUUCGGAUCGAUGCCAAAUGAGACCGUCCGACGAUACGAGAGCAUCUUCGAACACCCAUCGGACGUGGAUCUGUGGUCGGGCGGUGUGUCCGAACGCUCGCUGCCGGGAUCGAUGCUGGGACCCACCUUCGCCUGUAUCAUUGCCACCCAGUUCAGCUACGUCCGCCGCGGCGAUCGGUUCUGGUACGAACUGCCGAACCAGCCGUCGUCCUUCACGCCCGAACAGCUGCAGGAGAUCCGCAAGGCCAAACUGGCGCGGCUCAUCUGCGACAACACCGAUCUGAUCGAUACGGUGCAAAUCUACCCGAUGGUGUUGCCCGAUCAUGAAAUUAAUCCAAGAGUGCCAUGCAAGAGUGGAAUCCUUCCAUCGAUCGACUUGACCAAGUGGGCUGACUACGGUCACGAAUCUCACUCACCUCAUCAAUAUCAAUUCCUAAACGAAUUACCUGAGAACGUUGGCUUCAAGAAAUAAACCGCUCAUCACGCCCAGAAUAUCCCAAUGUUUUCAGACAGACAACUUCUGCGCGAGUGAUGAGAGCGUACAUAAAGCCAUGCGAGAGAAACAUAAGAGUGAGCACGUGAGCCAACAAACAACUCCUCAGAGAGACAGAGCAAGAGAGCGAGAUAGAACGAAAGAAACGAGGACAACAAACGGGAUAAAACCAUUUCAGAGAUUAUAAGUUAGAUAAUUCAUAUUAUUUUUAUGUUUCGUUCUAGUAAGCCAAUCUUCGUCUACUCACUGCUGUACCUUUAGGAAGUCUUUCUCACUACCUUUCUUUUCCCGGAGA